UAGAGUAUGUAGUGGUAAGACUGAAGAUUGAAACGGUGAAGGUCCUGGUAUCAAAUCUGGGUAUGGUACAAACUAUUUUUUUGUUUUUAAAUCAAAAUAUUGUCAACAGCGAGUUGAAGCGAUUCCAUUAAAACUGAAGAGGCAUUGGAUGUUCCUUUCCAAGUGAUAUUCAAAUGAUAACGAAUUGAUAGGCAACUUGCAUCCAGCAUCAGGAACGGCAAGAACAGAAAACAGAAGCGGGUCAUUUCCAGCUCAGCAGUGACCGUAUUGAGUGGUGCUUCUUUUCGCACGGAUCCUAACGAAGAAAGAACGUGCAAUUUUGAACAGUUAAUAUUUAAAAUAAGCAUGAAACCUAGUUUUCUCGUUCUGUCAGUUUUACUGGCGCUAAUAUUGUGUGGUAAUGCAAUAGUGAUAUCGACGGGAGUAAUAGUGGGGGCUAGUCUAACAGGUCUUGCGGCUGUUGCGGUUUCGCUUAAUUGCCGAAUUUAUGAGUGUUGUCGUAAACCUGAUCCAAAGUCUAGUGCAGCAGCGUUGGAGCUUUAUUUCAAAAAACAUGUGUUUGGGCAACAUAUUGUUCAGGAUGUGGUGGUCAACGCUAUCAGAGCCCAUUUCGACAAAAUUGAAUCAUCGCGCAAGCCGCUGGUUAUGAGCUUCCAUGGGCCGUCAGGGACAGGAAAGAAUUACGUUGCUGGUUUCGUGGCAACAGCACUCUUCAAAAAUGGAAUACGGAGUAAGUUUGUGAAAAAAUUCACUGCAGCAACUACAGACAAGGAUCUUGCUGGAAAGGUGAAGGAGGCGGUCAAGAACUGCCCAUAUUCUUUAUUCAUUUUUGAUGAGAUCGAACUAAUGCCGAAGGGAGUUUUUGACCCCAUUGUGUCGCUGUUGGAUCACCAUUCUGACCUGGAAGAUCACGACUUUUCAAAAUCCGUAUUUAUCUUUCUCUCGAACAGCGCAGGUGCUGAAAUAACGAAAACGCUAAAGUCUAUAAUGGUUGCUGGGCGGUAUCGUGAUGAAACCGGGUUGAAAGACUUCCAGCAUGUCGCCCAGCUUGGAGCAUACAACAUAGAAGGAGGUCUUCAUCGAAGCAAACUCAUUGCUUCGCACGUUAUUGAUCAUUUUGUGCCCUUCCUACCACUGGAGCAAAUACACGUAGAGCUGUGCAUCAAGAAAGAGUACAUACUAAACGGUUGUCCAGACGAACCGACAGAAAAGGAUAUCAGAAAAAUAAUCGCCUUAGCGAUGACAAAGGACGACACCAAAACGUUCUCAAAUAGUGGCUGUAAACGUAUUCAUAAAACAGUUGCCUCCCAUUGUAAUCCACAGUGGAAAAAAUAUUAAUGUAAAAUAUAAGUCAUUAUAAUUCUGAA